ACUCUUCUCUUCUCUCUCUCUUUUUCUCUUUCUUUUUAUUUUUCCAUUAUAUGCACAGACCGAUUACUUCUCUCACUUCUUCCUCUGUAAAACCCUAAUUGUCAAUUGCUCUCUCUCUCUCUCUCUCUCGUUAUCUCUCUCUAAAACCCGAACUUUUCCCUCUCAAUCUCUGUUGAAUCUUCCAUCGAUCCACUUUACAAUCACUUUCCAAAACCUAACCAACCAUUUUUGAUUUUUUCAAUCUCUAACUCUCUCUCUCUGUGACCUGAGGCUGAAAUCGGUUCACUCUUCUUUCAAGAUCCGCAGCGAAUUCGGUGACAUUUCCAGAGUCGGGUUUCGGGUCCGGUCAAGGCUGGCGGGAAUUCGGGUCAAGUAAAUGGCGGAUCCGCCUGGGUCCCGCCCUCUUCCGCACGUGUGGUCUUCUCGAGGAAGCUUCCGAACUUGUGUCUUCUUCUUCCUUUUCUUCUUAGGGUUACAGAGCUGUGACGAGUGAAGCGAACGAAAGACAUCAACAACAACGACAACAACACAAACCAACAAAAAAAAGCAUGCUGAGCGUGCUGCGUGUGCACCUCCCUUCUGAUAUUCCCAUUGUAGGCUGCGAACUCACGCCCUACGUUCUCCUCCGCCGCCCCGACAAGGGUGUCACCACCGACGAUGUCCCCGAUUCCUCCCCAAUCGAAGGCCAUUACUUGAGGUACAAGUGGUAUCGCAUACAAAGUGAUAAAAAAGUUGCUGUCUGUAGUGUACAUCCAUCUGAGCAAGCUACAUUGCAGUGCCUAGGUUGUGUCAAGGCCAAAAUACCUGUUGCCAAAAGUUACCAUUGCUCUCCUAAGUGCUUCUCAGAUGCAUGGCAGCAUCAUCGUGUUCUACAUGACCGUGCUGCAAGUGCUGUAAAUGAAAAUGGAAGUGAAGAGGAGGAGUUAUUUGGCCGCUUCAAUAGCUCAGGAUCUGCAGCUAGCUUAUCUGGUUCUGCAUCAGCUACUAGCUUGACAAAUGGUUCAACACCUUUGUAUCCUGCUGCUGUUACACAAAGGAGUGGGGGUGAAACUUGGUUUGAAGUUGGUCGCUUUAAAACAUAUACACCAACAGCUGAUGAUAUUGGUCAUGUUCUUAAGUUCGAAUGUGUUGUAGUAGAUGCGGAAACAAAAGUACCCGUGGGGCAGGUCAACACUAUAUUAACUUCUCGUGUCAUUCCAGCUCCGUCGCCUAGUCCACGUCGUUUAGUACCAGUAAAUGGAGUAGAUGUGAUUGGACAUCUAGAUUCCGAUGGCCGUCUUUCGACCUCAGGAACUUUCACUGUGCUCUCUUACAACAUUUUGUCUGAUGUGUAUGCCACAAGUGAACUAUACAGUUACUGCCCCUCUUGGGCUCUUUCUUGGCCUUAUCGCAGACAAAAUUUGUUGAGAGAAAUAGUUGGCUAUCGUGCAGAUAUUGUUUGUCUACAGGAGGUUCAAAGUGAUCACUAUGAGGAGUUUUUUGCUCCUGAGCUGGACAAACACGGUUAUGUUGGUCUAUAUAAGAGAAAGACAAACGAGGUUUACAGUGGAAAUACAAAUACAAUUGACGGUUGUGCCACAUUUUUCCGUAGAGACAGAUUUUCACAUGUUAAAAAAUAUGAGGUUGAAUUUAACAAGGCUGCGCAGUCUUGGACAGAUAGUCAAUUGCCAAGUGCACAGAAGAAAACUGCUUUAAAUCGAUUGUUUAAGGAUAAUGUUGCACUGAUAGUGGUUCUGGAAGCAAAAUUCAGUAAUCAGGGAGCUGAUAAUCCUGGGAAACGCCAGCUUCUUUGUGUGGCAAAUACGCAUGUAAAUGUUCACCAAGAUUUAAAGGAUGUAAAACUGUGGCAGGUUCAUACUCUCCUAAAAGGAUUGGAGAAAAUAGCUGCCAGUGCAGACAUUCCAAUGUUGGUUUGUGGGGACUUUAAUUCAGUUCCUGGAAGUGCUCCUCAUGCGCUUCUUGCUAUGGGAAAGGUAGAUCCAUUGCAUCCAGACUUGGCAGCAGAUCCUCUGGGUAUCCUGCGUCCCAACAGCAAGCUGGUGCAUCAGUUGCCACUUGUCAGUGCUUACUCAUCCUUUGCAAGAAUGGGGGUUGGUAUUGGUUUGGAACAGCAGAGAAGGAGGUUGGACCCCACAACAAAUGAACCCUUAUUUACAAACUGCACUAGAGAUUUUAUUGGAACACUAGAUUACAUAUUUUACACAGCGGACUCUUUGACGGUGGAAUCCUUAUUGGAGCUCUUGGAUGAGGAGAGCUUGAGGAAAGACACAGCACUUCCUUCUCCAGAGUGGUCCUCCGAUCAUAUUGCACUCUUAGCGGAAUUUCGCUGCAUGCCUAGAGUUAGACGUUGACAUUUCACAGAGUGGAGACACCCAAGAAAAAGGCCAAGAGAAGCUGUUGCAUAAAGAUAAGUUAUUGUAAGAAUUGUAGAUCAUGCUUGGGUUCUUCCUCAGGUAUCUCUUUGUGGGAAUCCUUGCUAUGAUCUGCUUUGUAUUAUGCCACCUUUUUCUCAUAGAAAAAUUAUGAUUAUCCCUUAUCCAAUUGCGUUUGCCUUUGCCUUUUUGUUUUUCCAAUAGAAAUCCAAUUAGAAUUUUCACCAGUUCAACAUAACUUAUGAUCUCAGUGCUUUAGUGGCCUAUAAUUGUAUGCCCUACUCUCGUCUUUGGUUCUUCCAUGUUUCCAAGUUUUCAAUUGCAGCGUUGAGGAGAGUAAAUACAAGGAAUAAUUUUUUUA